AUGCUGAUAGAUCCCUACAUGCGCCCGCUACCCCUUUGUCACCUUUCCUCUCUUGCUUUCUUGCAUUUACAUGUGGAUUGGCUGCCUCUUUCUUCUGGUAUGCCUAUUUCUCUCUUUUUUGGAUAUUCUCGGAUUUUAGUGUCCUGGCCAAUUGCACUGCCUUUGUGUAAAUUAAUCACGCUUGGAUGCCUCUCAGCCUUACAAUCCAUUCAUUAUACACCACGAUGA